GCAGUCAUAAAUACACAGAAGAAGACGAAGAGCUUGAAACAAAACAUUCUUUCGACUGUAUCAACUUCUGCAGCUCAACAUUCGCAAAAUGACUUGUUUUAUGAAUUUCUUUACGUUUAUUUUCAAGGUACUAACGUUGCCACUACAAUUAAUGGAAGUGGUUGGCAUAUAUGGCAUCUACAAGCGUUUCUUUCCAUUUCUAAUUUACAGGAUAUCUUUCACCUACAACAAGAAAAUGAACGACAAAAAGAAGGAUCUUUUCAGCAAUCUCUCAGAGUUCACCAAAGGCAAUGGCCCGCUUCGCAUUUUGGAGAUCGGUUGCGGAAGCGGGGCUAACUUUGAAUUCUACCCGUCUGGUUGCAAGGUGGUUUGCACCGACCCCAAUCCUCACUUCGAGAAGUAUCUACAAAAAAGUCUGGCUGUCAAUGAUCACCUAACAUUUGAAAGAUUUGUGGUCGCUUCCGGAGAGGACAUGGGGGCAGUGAAAGAUGACUCUGUGGACGUUGUCGUCUGCACGCUGGUGCUGUGUUCUGUCAACAACAUACCGCGAACAUUGCAGGAGGCGCAUCGCAUAUUGAGGCCUGGUGGUGCUCUGUACUUUUUAGAGCAUGUAGUGGCAGACCCAUCCUCUUGGACAUACUUCUUCCAGCACGUCCUCCAGCCGAUAUGGUACUACUUUGGGGAUGGAUGUGAAGUAGUCAGGGCGACAUGGAAACAUCUGGAGACUGCUGGGUUCUCUGAGCUCAAACUGAGGCACAUCGAGGCACCACUCAACUUCAUGAUCAAACCACAUAUUAUAGGCUAUGCUGUCAAGUAAAGUUUGACAAAAAAAAGCACUUGCACAUCUGAGUUAUCUCGUUGCAAGUGUGUGGGGAAUAAUGUGAUGACAGUUUAAAGAAAAAAUAAACCUGCACAGUGCAAUUGCUUGUAUCAUUUGUUCCUAUGCAUGCUUUAAUAUAAUACGUCAUAAGCAAGA